AUGUCCGUCCAGCGGCGGCAACCCCUGCUGCAAAGCCGUUCUUCUUCCAACUCCUUCCGCUCCUCCACUGUCGACGGCGGCGGAAGCUCCAGGAACAGUGCCAAAUUUGGGGAGUUUUGUGGGGGUACGACAGCCGAGUGUGCUGCUAUUUGUUGUUGUUGUCCUUGUUCCGUAGCAAACCUUCUAGUUUUAGCAUUUUACAAGGUACCCGUAGGGCUAUGCCGCCGCGCUCUCCGCCUGAAACGGCGGCGUAAGUUGAAGAAGAAGGGGUUGAUUCAGCCGAAGAACCACCUGGGUGAUAAGCAAAUUUGUGUGGAGGAUAUUUUCCCGGACGUGAAGCGCUCUGAAGAAGCCGAGAAAGCGGUGGUGGAACUGGAAAAAGAGAUGUGGCAAAGAUUCUAUGGCACUGGAUUUUGGAGAAGACCUUCUCAGAGAGUAGAGUCACCCAGAAGAAUUAAACAACUAUAA